CCACAGCUGAGCCCGGACGGGCAGGUCUCCGGGCUGCAGGCCUGAUGGGGUAGGGGCCAGCGGAUUCCUCAUUCUCAUGCACACAAUGCCACUUUUAUGCCACAACCCGCCCCUCCCCUGACAGCUCCAUGCCGUUCCCUCGGGCCCUGUCGCUGUCACACAGAGCAGAGCUCAGCGCUGCACCUUCGCUCCCUGUUGGGAGCUGCAGCCGCCAUGACGCCUCCCCUCGGCUCCUCCGCUCUGGGCUGCAUGAACCAAGGGACUUCAGACACUGCUCGUGUGUCCUCUAGACCCUUCCCCAUCUCUGUAGGUCUCCUUUGGACACUCUCUAACAGCUUUUGUCCUUAUAUUGCGAUGCCCAAACCUGCAUCCGGUGCUCAAGGGGUGAUAUCCACUGCUGUCCCACGAAAUGAAUAGGAGUAAGAUGCAGCAACUCAUGUUUUCCUGGACUGGUGCAGAAAGAAGCAAGCAUGGGAAUGAGGGCUGUGUUCUCUGAAUGAUCUUUAAAAAUUCAAGCUCCUUCGGCACGACCCGAAAGAAGGGUGUUGCUUUUCCUGGAAAAAAUAGGUGUCAUCUACUCAAAUGUGAAGAAACCAGUGGACUUCAAUUUGCUUCUGUGCUGUCAGUCAGCUCUGAAGUAAUGGACAACUCCAACAAAACCCCCCACAGACAUGCUCUGAGAGUCCAGCAAGUGAAUUAGAAGAAACAACUCGACUCACAAUAUCUCACCUGACUCAUGACUGAAUCUCAGCUAAUGCAACGCUAGUUUUGAACACCUUUGUAUAUCAGAUUCAAUGAUGUUUGUGUUGCUGUACAUCACAAGUUUUGCCAUCUACACCAGUGAACAACCACUUCAAAACCAGUUCAAAGGAGAGAACUACCAUACCAGAUACAUCUGCAGUAUCCCUGGGUUGCCAGGUCCCGUGGGCCCCCCCGGAGCUAACGGAGCCCCAGGGCCACAUGGACGCAUUGGUCUUCCAGGAAGAGAUGGUAGAGAUGGCAGGAAAGGAGAAAAAGGUGAAAAGGGGAGCGCAGGUUUAAGAGGAAAAACUGGGCCAUUAGGACCAACCGGAGAGAAAGGAGACCAAGGUCAGUCUGGGAAAAAAGGACCAGGAGGACUGAUUGGUGCCAAGGGUGAAGUAGGUCCAGCUGGACCACCUGGACCUAAGGGAGAUAAAGGAGACCGAGGAGAGCCAGGUGCACCAGGGGUCUGUAAGUGUGGGAAGAUAGUGCUGAAAUCUGCCUUUUCUGUUGGCAUCACCACCAGCUACCCUGAGGAAAGACUACCAAUUGUAUUCAAUAAAGUCCUCUUCAAUGAGGGUGAACAUUACAACCCUUCCACAGGGAAGUUUAUUUGUGCCAUCCCAGGGAUUUAUUAUUUUUCUUAUGACAUCACUUUGGCAAAUAAGCACCUUGCGAUUGGGCUGGUUCACAACGGGAAGUACCGCAUAAAGACAUUUGAUGCAAACACAGGAAACCACGACGUCGCUUCUGGAUCCACUGUGAUCUACCUUCAGCCAGAAGAUGAAGUAUGGCUUGAGAUCUUCUACACUGACCAAAACGGUCUCUUUUCAGACCCAACAUGGGCAGACAGCUUGUUUUCUGGAUUUCUCUUAUAUGUUGAUACAGAUUAUCUUGAUGCUUUGUCAGACGAAGAUGAGCUCUGAAGCAGAUAAUGCCAAAUCACAGCCAAACGACAAGCCAGCACAUGACUUUAUCUAGCCGUGUGUGGGACACAAAGUGGAAAAUGAAUAACUUGGGAAUUUAUUUUUGCUUUGACAGGAACCAAAUCUGAGUUCAGAUGGAGAUUCGUAGAAUCUGGAUUCUUUACCGAACAACAGGGAUAUCAAAAGGAACUAUAAUUCAUAAAAGACUGCAUUGCUUCAGGACAGACUCCUCAUGGAAGUUAUGUUUACGAUACUAUUUAAACAAAUUUAAGAUACUGUACAUUGGAUUUUAUAUAAAAUAUAUUAAGUUACAAAGUAGAAUUGAUAUUUUGUAUACGAUAUUAAAGAAAAAUUGAACAAUUGACAGCAAUAUUGUCCUUGGUCAUUAUGAGACAGGUAAUAUAUUAAAAACAAAGAAAACUUUUUUUUAAAGGGAGGAAUAAAAUAGAGAUGUCUGCUGGACAGGUCAGAAGCAUGUUCUUAUCUGAUAUUUACACCAACAAAAGAUAUUUGUGAGCAGUUAACCUCCUAAUAUUUCAUGAAAAUUUCUACCAGCUGAGGACAGCCUAAUUGCAGUCCAGAAAGAACAGAAUAAAGAUAUUAAACAUACAAAAUAAUUAAAAGUUGACUGAGCUAAAAACACAUAGAUACAAUCAGUAUUCUACUUAGUGUUUUCAGUGUAAGUGGGUUUGCUAUUAUUGCAAUGUUAUUCAAUGUCUUUUUCAAAAAUGUGGAACAAAAUAUAAACCUGCUGAAAAAGAAAAAAAAAAGAUGUCAAAAAUGUGAUAGAACAGUAACAGUAAGGAGAAUAAAUUAUAUAGAACAAAUGGAGUCGCAUCACUUAAGCAGAAUUACUUGUACUCUAAGAUGGCCAAAAGCAAUAAAAUAACUUUAGGUCACAGAUGAGAUGGAAGACUGAAUUCAGGAGAUCAGUGAACCUGGAAAAGAUACAGGGGACACUGCGGAUAGUCAGAAUAUAGGUUGUAAGAGUAGGCUGUUGCUUUGGAUGUAUGAUCAGUGGCCAUUCAAGUUG